CCCUUGAGUGCCCCAGCCCAGCCCAGCAGGACCCAAGCAGACGAAUCUGGCACCUUGCACACCUCCAUCACAGUGUCAGCUCUGUCACCCGAUGAGGUGACAGCCAACCCACCAGCAUGCCCUGGGCAUUGCCGCUGCGAUGGUCACCAUGGGGACGGCCUGGUGUGAAAGCCUUGGUCACUGCUGGGGUGUUUGUAACCACCCUCUGGAACCUGAGGUUCUUCUUCAACCCGUCCAAGGGCUCUGGAGAGGACUCUAAACACAGGGAGCCAUUAGUGAUCCUGGUGUGGGAAUGGCCCUCCAAGCAGGUCCCCAGUGUCAGCAGAGAUGUGUGCCAUGAGCUGUACAGAAUCACAGGCUGCCAACUCACCACAGAGCGGCAGCUCCUGCACCAGGCCGAUGUGGUGGUGUUCCCCCAUUCCAGGCUCCAGCCUGGCCGGGACAAACUACCCAAGGAGAGGCUGCCAGGGCAGAACUGGGUGUGGGUCUCCCUGGAGUCCCCCUCCAACACUAGAGCUCUAGAGACAUGGAACAAGACCUUCAACUGGGUGAUGACCUACAGACAGGAUUCGGACAUCUUCAUCCCCUAUGGCAAGCUUGUGCCCAAUCAGUCAGGCACUGUGAACAUCCCUGCAAAGACCAACUUGGUGUCCUGGGUUAUCAGCAACUACCACAGGACUCAGAAAAGAGCUGAAGUCUACAAAAACCUCUCCAGGUACCUCCAUGUGAAUAUAUAUGGGAAAGCAAACAACAAACCCCUCUGCAAGGACUGUCUCUUGCCAACAAUAUCCAAGUCCAAGUUCUACCUGGCUUUUGAGAACUCCAUCCACCGGGACUACAUCACAGAGAAACUCUGGAGGAACUCACUGCUGGCUGGCAGCGUGCCUGUGGUGCUGGGGCCCCCCAGGGCCAACUAUGAGCAGUUUGUUCCUGCGGACUCCUUCAUCCAUGUCAACGACUUUGGCUCCCUGGAGGAGCUGGCCACCUUCCUGAAGACCAUGAACUCCAGCCGCUACCGGCAGUUCUUUGCCUGGCAGAGGAAGUUUAGUGUGAAACUCUACACCGACUGGAGGGAGCGGAUCUGUGCCAUCUGCACAGCCUACCCCCGCCUGCCCCAUGGCCGCCUCUAUCCUGACCUGCAGAGCUGGUUCAACUCCUAGUGUGUGCUGGGACCCUCGGGAUGAAUGCAGGCAGCGUGGGAGGUACACGAGGCACCCACCUGCACACAGGAUGUGAAGCAAGGACAGGAGCCCCCACUCUUCUCCUAACCCAGCUGUUGUCACGCUGUGACUUCAAGCAACUCCCUAUGACUUCAUUUCUUAUGAAACAGGACUUAUCACCCCAACCUAACACCGAACACAUUGCCAGGGUGCUGGCAGGACCAGAAGGUGCUUUGGAAAUAAAUGGCACAGUGUAUCUGAGGCUGUGCAUGUAGUGGGCAGGGCAAGGGGGUGGUGGGUGGCUCAGGGCUCCCCAACCUUCCCCUGUGAUCCUCAAUUUCCCCCCAACACCUGCUGAGUGCCAAAGUCCUGGCAGCAGAGGUCCUGUGGUGACAUUUGUGGCUGGGCUGGAGGAGUGGGCGUCAGCCCAGGGGGGUCAAUUUACCCCAUGGCCAGGGAGGAAGGACAGCAUCUGCUCCCCCUCUUCCUGGCAACACCCAUUUCCUGUCCCCCACCCCUGAGCCGUGGGUGCCACUGUGCCAGUGAGAAGCCACAGGGCAGCGGAUGCUCUCAGAGCAAUCUCAGUGCUGCCAGGCAGGCAGAGGGACACUGUA